CAAGUAUAUUAAAGUUAACAAACAGUUAUUUGUUCUUCAUAUGUAUUAAAAUAUUUUUUGGAGACAGUUUUCACUUUGGUUAUCCAAUAUAAUAAGGAAUUGUUUUCAAGAAUAGUGUUCUGGUAAUGUUCCUUUUUUGUCAAGAGCUAAAAUCCCAAUCCUUUUCUAUGUCUCAUCCAUGUCUUUGGAUGCUGGUUUUUUUUCAUGCCAGAAUUUUAAGGGUAUAGCACUGCUAUAACGCUGCUGUUUAGCUGUGGAGUGCACUACUUCAGUAAGAAGGAAACCUUGGAGGUGCCUGAAUUUUCUGUGAAUCAGAAGGGGUUGGUUGGUGUGUCAGGAGGAAAAGGAGAGCCACAAAAUUCCCUGCACUAAAUUCAGCUUUAUAGCUAACAAUAUGAAAGGACAGUGACCAGGGCAAUUGCAAUCGGUGUCUAAACUCAGGAUGGGAGCUUAAAAGAGCUUUAGAACUUAAAUUUCUUGCCCGGUUACUAUUUAAAUGUUUAGUACAGAAAUUCGUAUUUCAUUCAUGACAUCUGUAAGAAUUAUGGGCUGAUUUGCAAUUUAUAUGCUAUUUUGAUGGGGAAAGUUGCAGAUCUCCUUUUCAUAUGAGUAAGAGUUUAUUCCUGUAGUUUCCUAUAAAUCUCACUGCUGGGCUAUUUUUCCAGCUACUGUGUUUCUAGAAUGAGCCAGAUUGGGUUUUCCUUGGCCAGUGUGUUUCUUUUGCCCCAGUCUGAAUCCACUCCUUAGCCUCCAAAUUAAUAUGAUUGUGGUCCAGACUAGUGUGGCUGCUACUUUGUUAGCUGCAGUAGCCUUUCCUUUCCCCUGAGGGCCAAAGGUGAAUUGUAGCAUGGACAAAGAUCAAAAAGAAAGCCACCAAAAGAUCAUAUUUAUAGCUGUGGAAGUUUGUGGCAUUUCUCCUGAGUAGAUAAAUGUUAUGUUGGUCUCAUGUUACAAAGUCGCUGACUUUAGACACGAUAAUGGGGAUGAGAGCCCAGCGCGUUUAGCGGCAGGUGUGCAAUUCUGUGACUGUUUGAACUUCCGUAACUCUGUGUAACUGCUGAGGCUGAUCCAUCUCCGCAGCGUUCUGUGCAGGAUGACAGCAGGGAACGCGCUGCCGAGGUGGGCCCUUGGUGCCGCUCUGCUUAGUGUCAUCUGGGAACAUCGCUGCUCUGGCACUACGGAAUAGCUGCUCAGAUCGGUCAGAGUUCACUGGCACUGUUGGACUCUGUGGGUAAAGAAAGAAACCGGGCAGACUGUAGCAAAGCUCCCCUCAUUGGCAAGAGUAAAAAGAACCCCAACAGAGCAUUGAGAAAGCCUGUUCUCCUUUCUCCUCAAGCUGCCAAUCAAAUGAGAUUCAGAUAAAACGAAGGAAAUAAACUAUCUUAGAGCAUGGACAGCAGUAAGAAGACAGAACCCCCUUUGUCUGUAGAAAUGGUACAACAAAGAGCCAAUCCUGAUCGCAGUCCUUCAGCAUCGAUUUAUGUUCCAGAGCAAGGUGGCUACAAAGAGAAAUUUGUAAAUGCCGUGGAAGAUAAGUAUAAAUGUGAAAAAUGUCACUUCAUCUUAUGCAAUCCUAAACAGACUGAAUGUGGACACAGAUUCUGUGAGACCUGCAUGAAUGCCUUGCUCAGUUCUUCUAGUCCAAAAUGUACAGCGUGUCAAGAAAGCAUAGUAAAAGAUAAGGUAUUUAAAGAUAAUUGUUGCAGGAGAGAACUACUUGCCCUUCAAAUAUACUGCAGAAAUGAAAACAAGGGCUGUAAAGAACAACUAUCUUUGGGUCAAUUACUGAUGCAUUUGAAAACUGAUUGUCAGUUUGAAGAACUCUCGUGUCCUCAUGCUGAUUGCAAAGAGAAAAUACUGAGAAAAGAUUUGCCAGACCAUGUAGAGAAGACCUGUAAAUACCGGGAGACAACCUGUAAAUAUUGCAAAAGCCAAGUCCCAAUGAUUAUGUUGCAGAAACAUGAAGAUACAGACUGCCCGUGUGUCAUGGUUUCAUGUCCUCAUAAAUGUAGUGUUAAAACACUCAUGAGGAGCGAGUUGAAUGCACAUUUGUCAGAAUGUAUUAAUGCCCCAAGUACCUGUAGUUUUAAGCGUUAUGGCUGCACUUUUCAGGUGGCCUUGCUCCAGAAUGAAAGUUUGGAAAAGAACAAGAGUAUACAAACUUUACAUAAUCAGAUUUGUAGCUUUGAAAUAGAAAUUGAAAGACAGAAGGAAAUGCUGCGGAAUAAUGAAUCUAAAAUACUUCAUUUACAGCGAGUGAUAGACAGUCAAGCGGAGAAACUGAAAGAACUGGACAAAGAAAUCCGUCCCUUCCGACAGAACUGGGAGGAGGCUGACAGCAUGAAGAGCAGCGUAGAAUCCCUCCAGAACAGAGUGACUGAGCUGGAAAGUGUUGAUAAAACUGCAGGGCAAGGAGCUCGAAAUACAAGCCUGCUAGAGACACAGCUGAGCAGACAUGAUCAGAUGCUGAGUGUUCAUGAUAUUCGGCUGGCUGACAUGGACCUCCGAUUCCAAGUUUUAGAAACUGCCAGUUACAACGGAGUAUUAAUUUGGAAAAUUCGAGAUUAUAAACGUCGGAAGCAAGAGGCAGUCAUGGGGAAGACUCUGUCCUUGUACAGCCAGCCCUUUUAUACUGGAUACUUUGGCUACAAGAUGUGUGCCAGAGUUUACCUCAACGGAGAUGGCAUGGGAAAGGGGACGCACUUGUCGCUGUUUUUUGUCAUAAUGCGUGGAGAAUACGAUGCGUUGCUUCCUUGGCCGUUUAAACAGAAGGUGACUCUCAUGCUAAUGGAUCAGGGACCGUCUCGACGCCACUUAGGAGAUGCUUUCAAGCCAGAUCCAAACAGCAGCAGUUUCAAGAAGCCAACUGGAGAAAUGAACAUUGCAUCUGGCUGCCCAGUCUUUGUGGCUCAAACUGUUCUAGAGAAUGGAACGUAUAUUAAAGAUGAUACUAUUUUUAUUAAAGUCAUAGUGGAUACAUCGGAUCUACCAGACCCCUGACAUACAAUGGGGGAGGCGGAUUAAACAGAAGACAACUCCGUUUGGGGGUUUUAUAUCAGUUUGUCUUCAGUCAGAGGUCCUAAAGCUCACAGAACCACCUUGUGGAACAGACGGAAGAGUUUGAAGGCAUAACUGCAUAGGGUCCAAUUGCGAAAGUAGCAACACAUUAAGAAAUCAUACCAUGGUAUAUUUUUUAAUAGAACUAGCAACACUUAAGCUCUGAAGAAUCACUUAUCCCUCAUGAGGAUAAUGAUUAUGGUCAGAGAGGAUUUUUUUUUUUAACUUAUUAAUGAUCUAGUCAAUUGGAGGUGAAAAGACAUAUACAGUAUGUGCUGAAUAAAUUACUGACUUUUAUUUCUUUAAGCUAGAAUAUGAAAACAAAAAAAAAACCUUCACAUGUGGGUUAGCUGGAAAUUGUCAGCAUGUUAAAAGAAGAAAUGAUGAAGUAAUGUUGCAAUUAUGAUAUUAUUUGAAAAACUGAGGUGCAAUCUUGUCUGAAAUAUAGUAUAUUGUCUUUUUAAGGCCUCAUCUGGUCUCUGUUUUAAUAAUUACUUUGUCAGAAGAUCUUGGAAAAGCAUCCAUGUCUUCUCAAAAGUAUCUGAAUCAAAAUCAUAUUUUUAUUUAAAGUUCUAUUGUUACAGAAAACAUUUUAUUUUAAAACUGUUGAUAGACUGAUAUUUCUUGGAAGAAAAAUAGAAGAUAUCAAACACUGGUUAUCACUUGUGAUAGGAAAAAAAACUAUUCAAUUCUGUUAUUUCUCUUUAGAAAUGUAAACCUACAAUAUAUGUCGUAGUUAAUGACACUAUUUCAAAAUUAAGGAAAAAUCACUCAUGGAUGCUGUGCAUCAUUAUCAGAUUUAUAAUUGUUUUCACCCUAAAAUAGGGCGUUUGUUGAACUUUGGAGUUCUAAACGGAAUCCUGUACAUUUUUUAAAGUUCUGCCCCAUGCUUUCCAAUCAAGCUAUAUAUGUUGCACAUUAUGCUGUCAGCAGUAUAUAGUAUUUUCAGUAUUGGGGAGGAGGAUUAGUGCUGAAAAAAGCCUAUAUGUUUGUUCUGUACUAGCAGCCAUUGCUUCUUAAGGACAAAUCAGCAAUGUCUUAAUACAGUGAUGGUGGCUUGCAUGCAUACAUGUGCCUUAGAUGUGCUGUGCUGCUUAUAAACCAUAGCUUUUUAUUCAGAUUAAUUCUGAUAUCUGAAAUGGUAGUUUAAUUGGACUUCAGGCAUAAUGUUUAGCCUUGUCUUCAGAGCCCUUAGGUACCUUGCCGCGUACAAAAUAGAAGCCAAAGCCCAUUUCUUUGGCUUCCGGAGCUUCUAUGACUUGGCCAUGGUGGGAUCCAUCUUAUUCAGGUGCCAAAACGUUAUGCUCAGUGCUCCUAUGGAGCUUGGACUAGACAGUCUCCAUGGCCACUGUGAAGGCAGGCGACAUUUUUCCUCUAAUGCCUGUGGUUGUAAGGUGGCAUCACUUGAAACGGACCCAUCUGAGAAUUCUGUGGGGCUGUGGAUGUAUACGCUCAUGACAGCUUUUCAUAGCAGACAAGCAUCCUGACGGGGAAUGCACGGGCUUCUUUCUUAUAACAGCCUGAACUGUAGUGGAAAGCAUUUGCUAGCCCUGAAACAUGCUGAUUGCAACCUGCUGUGUUCAUCUGCUUCUAUUUAAUAGCCUGUGACAAGCAAGUCUAGAGGCGCAGCCUGACUGUGGUGCUCUUUAAAAUCCAGGAACCGCUUAAGCAGAGCAGACUUGCACCACUGUGUUUUUAGCCUUCGUGGGCUUGAAAGAAAAAAAACCUCGUGUCUCAGCCCUUUGUGUCAGGUUGUGUCGGUUUUCUGCUUUUUGAGGCAUAGUCACAAUUUUCAUCUAAGGUGCAGUUGAAUUCAUGCCUUUGUAUUUCAGCUUGUCUUUUGCCGUUGUCUUUUUUGGCUGUGCCUUCACACACAGUGCCUGCAAGAAGUAUUUAUGGAUACACAAUGCAUGCUAAGUGGUCUUCAUGGGUUUUCCAGGCACCUGCUAGAAUACUGCCUGCUGCUGACCGUCGCAACUGUCGGCAGCAACUUGUCUUCCUUUUCUUGCCUUCCAUUGUCCAGGUACUGUACUCCCUCUAUGGUACAUCGCUGUCAACAGGUGCAAGCUCAAAUGCGGAGGCAUGUGCUGGCUUUUAAUUUCUAGCACGGAAGGAGGACGUUCUGCACAAGAGAUAAAUAUCUAUAGAUAUACCCGCAUCUAUAUCUCUAGAUAUAAUUACACGGCACUUGCAGUUUUAUGCAGGCUGCAUAAGCAAACCCAUCACUUACGCUUUAGGGCGAAGGUUCGCUCAACUUGUGUCAUUUUAAUAAUUGUGAAUGUAGGCAGCUGAGCUUUUGUGUUUGUGCAUCACAGAAUUUUACUGAAAACAGGAUUCCCAAGUGGAAAUGUCCAAAGGACUCUCCUCCCAUUGCUAAUGCAUGUCUUGUAAACUUAAAUGAAACCGUUUGGCCAUCUCAAAACAGUUUAUAUCCUGUUUCAAUCUGGGACUUGGAGGAGAUUUCUAGUAUAAGCAGGGCCCAGCAUAUUCUGCAGAUUUGUGACUACAGUUUCCAACUCCUGUGACAGAAUUGCGUUUCUAAAUCCAGGCUCUUUAAAAGAGGAGGAAAAAAGAGUUUCCAGCCUUUGUGAUUGAAAGAGGACUUUGAAACAUGCGAAAAGUGUAAACUAAUAGGGAAGUCUUCCUGAGUCUGCACGCAGCCUAAACUAGUAGCUUUAAGAGAUCUGAAUAUCUCCUCUUAGUGGGAUAUUGACUCAGAAACUUCGUAGAGAAGUUUAAAUAUGAACACUGCUAACUAUAUUAAUGCCGAUCACUGUAGCAGAAACAUCAGUCACUGUUGUAUUUCACAGAUCUCUAUGCUGCUUUCCACAUCUCCCAAGUGCCAAAAGCACCAGCUGCCAGAAUCUUCAGCUUCACUUGGGCAGCUUUUAUAAUGCAGUAAUGUGCUAUCGAUAUAAAAAUAUUUUUGCAUAUAUGCUUUUUAUCACAGUUAAUAAAAUGGAGGCCUACUGCACUUAUUUUUUAAAACUACAUGAAGCUGCCAGAGAAUUUCCAGUUUGCCAACCCUGCGUACUGUGAAAUCCAGGAUCUUGCUACACAAACGUAGACACCGCCUGCUGUGGAAUACCUGAAGCCUUGACUGUAACACCCCUUUCUCCGCAGAACUCGCGGGCCAUCUCUGUAGAGUUCUUACUGUGUACAUAGAAAUCGGUUUCCUCUGCUUUCCAGCAAGGAGUAUGUAGCAUUUUGUGAAAACAAGGCCGCUGUAUAUUCUCUAAAUUGAAAGGAAAAGAUACCUGGUGCUUUACUCAACACUUUAAAUUAAUUAACUUUUUCUCUCAUCGUUGAAAUGCCCUUUAUCCUUUUUUCUGUGUGUUCCUGACCCAGAUAUCCAAAGUUUUCUAGGGAUUGUCUGUUUAAAAUUAUUUAUGGGGCAAUAGUCUGCCCCCACAUAUACUCUUGAAUCCCGGCUAGCUCCUGCGGUGUGCCGUCAUUGCAAGGGGCUCCCAGAGUAUCGGCAUUACUUUGAACAGUUUUUUCAAUGGAACCUUUUUUUCCUCUGCUUAGUAAUUCUUAGCAGGGCACAACUGAAGUCUCUUGCUGGUAUUCUUUCUUAACUGUGAUGCUCCAAGUUACGUACAAGCCUCUUCCACUUCCAGCUUUCUCUAGGGAGAUUCCAGUGUGUGACAGCCUGGAUGUUGCCCUUUUUGUACGCUCUUUCAGCACAGGGUGAGUGCAUCCGUUACCUAGAAAGUCUUGAAUUCUAAACAGGAUGAAACUUAUUUGGGUGUUUAAAGACCAACCUGCGAUUAUGAUGCAUGACCACGUCUGCAUUACUUCUUUGAUCUAAUUAAAAGGGGUCUUGUUUCAGUUACUGUCUACAUGGUACACCUUCAACUGCUGACUUACAAUAUGCAAUGUUUGAUUUCAGCCUUGUACUGUAAAUGUUGUUCUUCACAAAGAGAAUGUGCAAUAGGAAGAGGGGAUGAUGGGUGGCAUAAUUUUGACGGGGGGAAGAAAAAAUAACGUCGUGGGUAACAUGCUAGCUUUCUUAUAAAUACGAAAUGUGGUUUAUUUCCUUUUCCUAUGGGUUUUCCUACUUGGAAAAGGAAAGUUGAAGAUACGUGCCUGUUUCUGUGCCUGGUGAAUUUCUCAAAUGCAAAGAUAAUAGAGAUUUGUGUUAGUUGUAAUUUAAGCGUCGAACCCAUGAAUGUUAGGUUGUGAUUGUGUCACUCGUGUUUCUCUGCUUGCCACGUUUGUGGCCAGUUGAGAUGUGAGUUUAAAAGCUGCCACCUAUUUGUAUCUGUAUUCCAUCGCGUGGGAUAGGCAUUUCACCAACAAUGCAGGGGUUUUGUUGUUGUUUUGUUUCAUUUUUAAAACACUGGUGCUGUUUGGUCCAAGGCAGAGGGGUGUGUAGGGAGUGACAAGGAAAGUUGCCUGCACCGCAGAAGGGUGAAAAAUGUGACUGCAGUAUUGAUGCCUUGAAAUGAUUUAACUAUGCAAAUAUACAAAUAGGUGAGGGGGAAAAAUUCUUGGGUUGCAUACCUAAUCUCUUAGUUUUUGCUCUGUGAAUUACUCGUACGUGUGUAGGUACAUACAUAUACACACAGACAUGCAUGCACAUAUAUAUGCAAAGUCUUUUCUUUAUGUAGAAGUGAUGAAACAAAACCCUUUCCUCCAAAUUAUACUUGAUCAAGUGGUGCAAAUAUAACUUGCUGCUGCUAAGGGAGGAUCUUGGACAAGGGCAAACUUUGGAUUCACAUCUUCCAGGUUUGAAGACCUGUGUAUAGCAAACAAACAGUUUGUUUAGCCUUUCUGAAGACCUUGGAAUGUCAUCUAGGGCACGUGUCCUUCCUCAUACUCCGCUAAUUUGGAGGUUGCUGUAUUUUAAACAAAUAUAAUGAUGGGCAACUUGUUAAUUGCAAAUUCUUUCCUUUAGUUUGGGAAUGAAAUAUAAUAAAGAGCAGCUGGACCUCUUCCUGGAAUUCCUGUCCUGUUCAGUCAAUACCUCUGUAUUCUGGUUGACCUAGAAAUUGUAGCUACUGCAAUAAAAACGAUCGGUUCUGGAAUUCAGUCUGUCCGAGAGUAGUCUUUAGUGCUUUAUACAGCAUAGUAAGCACUUUGCAUCCACAAACAUGUUCUUCUUAUAGCAAGUGCUGUUUGUCUUUUCUGGAAAAAGGAAAGCAACUGGAUGAAGCAACUUGCCCAGAGUCACGAAAGGAAUCUCCUGGAGCUGGGACUGAAUGAGAGGUUCCAGUCCCCUAGUGUUAUCUUCAGAUCACUAGGUUUUACUCUUUUUAACACAUUUGUCGUUUUAAAGGAACUGAAAAGUUGACAUACCUUGAAGACCCACAUCAGGACAGUAAGGGCUAGAAUUAAACAUAGAAGCUGUCGUGAUUUGGGGUUGUACGUGUCUGGUGGCCCAGGUGUUGCUCACUCCUUGGCGGUGCUUUGCAGGCCCUGCAGAGUGGAAGGCCAGCCCAGUGCGUCCGUGUGAAUAUUAGCAGCAAAUGUGCAUCCUGCUCUAUUUGUUCAGAAUCCCCCAACAAAUUCAGUCUCGUUUGAUGCUCCUCUUAACUGGGGAGGGAGCGUACCGUUUUCAAGUAAAGUGGAUUAAUCUUUGGUCUGCCAGCCUGUAGUGUGACUGACCGUUUCUUUCUUGUGGGGCUUUCUCCCCUUUGCUUUAAACCAAAAUAUGGAGGGCUUAAUUGUUCUUUCCUGCCUCUUAAUCCAGGCCUUUGCUGAGAAGCACCAGAUAGGAAGGUUGUGGAAAACUUUGGAAUGCUGAUUCAGGGACAUCCUCUUAAGAUUUAGAAGAGUAGAGAUAUACAACACAUAAGGGAUCUGACUAUUCCUAUUUCUCUUCUAAUUUAUGGUCAAGACUGCAGCUUCUGUCUUCCAUUUCAUGAUCUUAGUGUAGAUACUAGGCUGUGUUUGUUUAGGUUUUUUCCCUCCAAGUUAGGAUUAGUUCCUUAGGGUUCAAAUAAGUUCUAAAUUUCACAGAGGAGCACCUGAACCAAAAUCCUGGAUCCAAACAUCCCAGACUUGAUGUGUAAUUCAAAUCUGGAUCCCAACUCUGUGGCUUACUAACCUACCCGUUCAGGGAAGGGUUUGUUGUCUCUGUGGUGUUUGUGUUUUUGGUCCUUUGGAACUAAGCUUUUAAUUUGGUUGCCAGUUCUGCAAGGACUUUUUAACUUCUUAGCAAUGCCGGUGUUCACACGCUCCAUUGCUGGCAGUGCGAUGCGUCGUGAUAAAAUUUGACUCUGUCUAAGGGUUACUGAGAUAAACCAGCAUUAUCAUUCGUAAGGGUCAUUUUCUUGCGUAGUGUUCUGAGCUUUGGAUUUGAAUAGAGCUCACAUCUGAAAGGACACAUCUUCCAACUAUGACCUGCGUCACUGGCAGAGAGUUGUAUAAUCUGUACUUGUGGAAUGGGAAGGUACAAGCUUCCAUCGUUGCUGAUGCAUCAUGUGAUCCACCUGUUUUGUUUUUCUUAUAGUUGUUGUUUGGUUUAUAUAUUUUCUUUUUUCAGUUUUAUAGGAAAAAAAAAAAAAGGGGAAGUUCAGGAUUUUUUCUACAAGGUAUAAAACUCCAAUGAUUUAGUGGUGACUAGAGAGCUGUGAAAAAUACCCCAUUAGGAGACGAUGGGCUGAACGUAGGUCCAUUUCUCUUAGACAAGUAGGAUAACCUUUAAGACGCAUGGAACAACGUAAUAAUCGGGAAAACUAAAGAUGACAUUUGUUUCCAAGAAAUUCUGUAAGAAAUAUCUAUGGAAAAGACAUCAGUGAUCGAGAAUAAUGUACAAAUUAAUGUGUUUGAAACUUGUGUAUCCAUUUCUUUAAUCUCAUACUCUUCAGUGAACGGUACACUUGUGUUCAGUUUUAUGAUCAAAAACAAAGACCAAAGAAGGCCAACCUCAUUUGAUUGUGUAUAUUCUGCCUGUCUUAAUUAUCAAUAGCUGUAAGGAUACAGUGCAAGUGAUCUGGUAACCAGUGGUUCUUGUCCUUUUCUUUUAGGGGGAAAAACAACUUUAAAAUGUAUAAUUUAUUGCUCAGCAAUAACCAUGUUGUUAAAAUAAUAAUAAUAAUUAAAAAAAAAGGAAUUAGCAACAUGUCUUAAUUUCCCAAUAGCAUUAUUAUAUGUUGUAUUUCAGUUUAUUGUAUAUUGUGUUUUUGUAUUUAUUUGUGUUUGGAGGUCUUGCUAUGUCUUUUUGUGUUUAAAUGCUAAUAAACAAGGACAGUGUGUAAGAGUGUAGAAUGCCAAACUCUGAAAUGCUAAACUGUGUUAUUAAAGGAAAAAUAAAUCUAAGUAGG